AUGCAUCUCUCUCUACGCGAGAAUGCCUCGCAAGUCAAGAACCAUUUGACAGCGGUGCUUGGUGAGAUUCUGGGCACUGCUAUGUUCUUGUUCAUCGCAGAAGGCGCAGCAAAGACAGCCAACCUCGCCAGGACCGCAUCGCAAAGCAACACAAAUGCUCCCCUGGACUCUCAGACAAUCAUGAUGAUUGCGACCUCAUUUGGCUUGGCUCUUCUUGUGAUGGCUUGGAUGUUCUAUCGCAUCACUGGUGGUCUUUUCAACCCAGCUAUCACCGUAGCGCUCUGGCUGACGGGUGUCCUUACCACCGUCCGCGCAAUCAUGCUCUUCGGUGCUCAGCUGAUUGGUGGUAUCAUCGCGUCUGCUCUGGUUCUCGGGUUGACACCUGCAGGAUCGGGCGGCGUGGAUGUUGUCAAUACUACUGUUUCGGACCAGAUCUCGUAUCAGCAGGCAUUCGUUCUGGAGUUCUUGGGUACCAGCUUCCUGGUAUUCAGUGUCUUGAUGCUCGCAGUCGAGAAGCACCGUGCAACUUAUCUGGCACCUGUCGGCAUCGGCUUGACUCUGUUCACACUGCAUCUCUUCCUCGUUGCCUGGACAGGAUGCUCUCUCAAUCCAGCACGAUCGCUCGGUCCCGCAGCCGUAGCUGGAAAGUUCCCUCAAUACCACUGGAUCUACUGGAUCGCUCCCCUAUGUGGCGGCGUACUCAGCGUCAUGUACUUCCAGCUCCUCAAAGCACUCAACUACAACUCGACCGUUCUCGACCAGGACUCUGAUCACGAGGUCGGUGGCCUGCGACCUGUCCAUAUGAGGGUCUACAAAUUCAUGGCAGGCCACCACGACUGGGAAAAGGAGGAGUCGCAUCACCACAAGCACAAGAAGUUCUUGACUGUGCUGCGCCACAGAAAGGUCAUGCGCCAUGAUGGAUCAUUCUACUAUGUUCAGGAGCCGACUGUCAUCAAUUCUGAUCAACGACACCCGCAUGAUGAUGUUCUCGAAGAUGAUGACAUGACUGUUGUCGGAUCACGAUCAAGUGGCCACCAGAUGCGGCAGCAAGCCAAUACGCAAAGUGUAUGA